AUGAAGCAAAUGCGAGGAGGAAGUACUUUCAUCUUAUUCCCAGUGCAUCUGCUAAAAAUCAGCAUAUUAUAUAAACCCAGAAUCAGCCUACUACAAGCUAUGAUUCACCUCAACACCAAAACAGUCCUACUGGAAGCAACCAAAAUCACUACUUACCAUCAGAUUUUGGAAACUCAAAAAAGCUACCAAGAGGAGCUCAAAAUCCCAACCUGCCGCCUCACACACAACAUAAAGAAGGGCCAGAGGACUACGAGGUGAACCAAUACCCUGAUGACCUAUAUGGAAGAAGCCUACAAGAAUCAAACGGUACAUCACACGGCUGUUCCUAUGACCAAUAUUUUGACAGCAAUACUGAAUUAUGCACAAAUUGUCGUGCGAGAUUUCCUGGGUGCUUAUCAUGCAACGAAACAGCUUGUUGGUGGUGUGAUGCCAAUAAAUUUCUUACUAAUGAUGGCUGCAUUUCCUGUCCAAAAUAUUGUUCUAGGUGCGAAAAAACAAGCUGUAAUGAAUGCUACAGCGGCUAUUUCUUAG